GUUCAUUACACAAUAAAAAGGACAUAAACAGAAACACAAGUUCUACCACAGAAACACUAUCUUACACAUUCAACUUAGAGUCAGAGAGAUCACCAAGAAACUAGUAAAAAUAUGAUGAAACCAGCAAUUUUUGUGGUGGUUUUUGUAUUCUUUUUGAUGGGGAAAGGAGCAGAUUCAAUGAGGUAUGAACUCAAUAACGAGAUUGAUGUUCCAUUAUCAGCCAGUUCUAUUUGGGGAGUUUACGCUUGUAAAGAACUCCCUAAGCUCAUCGUUAAAUUACUUCCCGAAGUUUUUGAUCGGAUCGAUUAUAUAGAAGGAAAUGGAGGUGUCGGUACCGUCAUUCGCAUUGUUUUUCCUCCUGGGGAAGUGCCGCGGUCAUAUAAAGAGAUGUUUAGGAAAAUAGAUCAUGUUCAUCGUGUGAAGGAGGUGCAGCAAAUUUCAGGAGGCUACCUAGCCAUGGGUGUUACAUCUUACGUUGAUAAGUUCAAAAUCAUAAGAACUGGUCCAAAUUCAUGUACCAUCAGAUCCACGACGGAAUAUGAAGUCCCGGAUCAUCUUGCUGAUAAAGUUAACACACUAAUCAGUAUUGAGGGUCUUGUUCCAAUGGCUAAAGCUAUUGUUGAGUAUGUGAAGGAAUUCGGUGAUUAUGGUCAAUGCCUGGGGGGGAACGAUUUAGCUCAUAUAGCUUUGCCUGUUGAAGGCAAUUGACGAUGCACCACAUGUAUGCCUUUCUGCCCGGUGUUUGUUUGUACUUUCCUUCUAAUCUAUGUUUUUAUUUCUCGUUUGUUUUAGAAUAUGCUUUUAAUGAUCCAAGUAAGAUGGGUUACUUACUAUAUUCCUCCCCUACGGGUUGGUUGUUUGAAUAUUCCUCGUAUUAGGAAGGAAGGUUGAUGGUUUGAAUACUGCACUUUAAUCUCUAAUACGCUAAUAUUAUAAGAUAUGCUUAAUUUUGAGAAAUUAA